CAGGAGAACCCGUACGUGAUGCGCGUGGGCGGCGCGGGCGGCCCCGAGCGCUACGAGGGGUUCUGCGUGGACAUGCUGCGCGAGCUGGCGGCGCUGCUCAAGUUCCGCUUCCACAUCAAGCUGGUGGAGGACGGGCUCUACGGGGCGCCCGAGCCCAGCGGCUCCUGGACCGGCAUGGUGGGCGAGCUCAUCAACCGGAAAGCCGACCUGGCGGUGGCCGCGUUCACCAUCACGGCCGAGCGCGAGAAGGUGAUCGACUUCUCCAAGCCCUUCAUG